UGGCCUCCAGCAUUCACGCCUACCAAGUUUUAGUUGCGCGUCUACAAGCUUAAGCUCACAUUACCAACAUACAUCCCUACCUUAUAUAUAUAUUUAUAUGUGUGUGUAUAUAUAACUUUUGUUGAGUUGGUGUGCUUUUCGUGUUCUUGUUUAUACUAUAUAUCUUUUAUCCUUUUUCAAUCUUAAUACUGGUGGGGAGAUGUGAACAGCAGUGCCACAGCAGUGCUGUUUCGAUACUACGCGGGACUUUAGCACACCAACACCUCCACGCGCUUCUGAGCGUGAGGGAGGUGUGGGGGUGAGCCACGAAGGAGGUGUCAAUCCUAGCGCUGCUCAGUGACCAUCGCGGCGCCACCCAAGUAACACCUUAGUCUGUACGCGGCCACAAACGGUCUCUACUUUUCGUGUUUAUAAAUACAACUAUGCAAAACGAUCACAAUAUUUUACAUCGAUAUAUGUACUGUGUUUUUUUAUCAAAUAAUAUUUUUUUAUUUUCAUUGCAUAUCAAAUAUUAAUUGGAAAAAGUGAAUAAAACGAAGAAAAAAAAAAUUUUUUUUUUUUUUUAUUUAAAAAGAUAUUUUGAGUCAUUGCUACUUGACUGUUUUUUAUUAUUUUUAUUCGAUUCUGUUUUUUUUUUUUUUUAAUUUAUUCAAUUUUUUUUUUGAUUUUCAUUUGUUGAUUGGUUUUUUUUUGUUUGUAAUAAUUGAGUGUGGACAAAGUGUAGUUUGUUUUGAGAAAAAAAAAAAAUAUUAAAAAAAAACGUGAAGAAUUGUGAGAUAAUUGGUUCGAUACUUAUUGGUUGGUGGGAGAAAAGAGAAAAACGUUGAUCUCAAAUAUUGUCUACCCUUGGUUAAAAUUGCCGGGGGUUCUUUUCUCUUUUGAGCUUCGAUUUACACGAUGAGCGUGUCAGUGCGACAAACCGUCGCCAGCCGUCGGACGCUAGUGACUCAGCAUUGAGUUUUAGCAUCUUAUUUUUCUAUUUUUUUUUUUUAUUUUUUCAUUUUCAAAGCUUUUUGAGUUUAAAAUCUGACCACGCGACAAUAGCCGUGAAGAGUAGUGUUUACCUGGAAAGCGAGAAGCAUAAGAGGAUUUCAAGUGUCUUACAACAACUCUCUAUUAUUCACUAAAUUUAUAACUGAAAAAAAAGCCGAAAAAAACGGAUAUUUUGUUGGCUAAAAAAAUUCAUUAAUAAAUAAAUUUAUCAAGAGUGAAAUAAUAAUAAAAGUGAAUAUUAUAAAUUGUUUUUUUUUCUCUCCAAUUUUCUCUACGUGUCUUCCAAUUCGACUUGAGAUUCCAUUAUAACAUUUUGACAAAAAAUAUUAACAUCCAAAUGUUAAAUAUAAAAAAAAUAUAAUUUGUGACAAAAUACAGUGUUGUGAAGUGACAGCAAUAUAAAAAAUAAAAUAGUGUUUUGAAAAAAAAAUUGUUGACAUGACGUUUGAGACGUCAAAAUUUGAGGAAUCUUCAAAAAAUAAACUGUGCUAAAACGCACAUAAAAAAAGCAAAAAAAAUAUUAUAAUUUUCCAAAUAAUAUAUUUAAAAAAAAAAAAAAAAUUAAGAGCACGAACAAAAACUAUAAUUUAAUAAUUAAAUUGUGAGUCACUCGAAGAGCUAAUCUCGCAGGACUUUGUUAAAAAGUUAUCUAAUCUCGAUGAGAUUCGAACAAGAGACGUCGUGCAGGGGUACCCACUGCGCCAGUACACCGUUACAGGCACCUCAGCACAUAUUACAAAAAAUUGAAUUAAAUAAUAAAACGGUAGAAGAAGUGGCGAUCGAGGAGACAUUAUUAUCCACUCGUGAUAAUCAUCAACACGGUGGUUAUUUAUACAACAAUAAUCAUCAUAAUUAUUCACCAAAUAAUACCAAUAAUCAAUCAAUUAUACGUCAAUUUGAAUAUAAUACUGAUAAAUUAAAUUUUGAGGGUGGAAAAACGGGUCAUCGAGGGGUGGCGGGGGGGCCUGGGAUGGCGUACCCCGCACCAGCAUCAGCACCAACAAUUAAUCAACACUCGCCAUUUACAUUAAACAAUAAUAAUAAUAAUACAAAUAGUAAUAGUAAUAAUAAUAGUACAACGAGUAAUACAACUGGUAACGGUCAUAUUGGUACAAGUCAUUUACCGGCACCGGCGGCACCGAGGCCAACUGAUUUUAGUGUAUCCUCGUUGUUGACCGCUGCCAAUAAUAAUAAUAAUAAUAAUAAUAGCAAUAAUAAUACACAUACAUCACAUAUUGGUGGUUCAUCGUCACAAGGCAGUGCAUCACCACCACCCGGUGGACCAGGUAGUCCAUCAGCAGCACCUGAUACACCACCACCAUCACAUAAUAAUAAUAAUAAUCAACGUGAUCAUUUAUUACAUGCAUCAUCUGCUGAAGCAGCAGCUGCUAAUUAUUUUAACGCAUUGGCUGCUGCUGGUUUUUGUAAUCCACAUUUACAUCAAAAUUCAACGCCUGGACAAAAUCAUCAUUUAUCAGGAAAAAAUUUACUAAGUCCACAUCAUCAUCAACAAUUUAAUUUACACGGUAUAACACCUCAAGGUCUUGGUCUUGGUCCACACACACCAGAAGAAGCAAACGCUGCCGUCCUGGCAGCAGCAGCAGCAGCUUUACAUCAUCACCAUCAGGGUGGCCCAGGUGGUCCAACAAUGAGACCACUUAGGUUACCUUUGCCUCCGGGUAUGAUGCAUUCGUCACCACUACCAUUGCCUCAUCAUCCAUUGGCAGCACCACAUCAUCUUGUACCACCUCAUCAUCCUGAGGAAGAUGGUGUUGUUGAUGAUCCAAAAGUUACCCUUGAGGGCAAAGAGCUUUGGGAAAAAUUUCACAAACUUGGUACUGAGAUGGUCAUCACCAAAAGUGGCCGGCAGAUGUUUCCGCAGAUGAAGUUUCGUGUUUCCGGCCUAGAUGCCAAGGCCAAAUAUAUUUUAUUGUUGGAUAUUGUUGCUGCUGAUGACUACAGAUAUAAAUUUCACAACAGUAGAUGGAUGGUAGCUGGUAAAGCUGAUCCAGAAAUGCCUAAAAGAAUGUACAUACAUCCGGAUUCACCGAGUAGUGGUGAACAAUGGAUGCAGAAAGUCGUGAGCUUUCAUAAGCUUAAAUUAACCAACAACAUGAGCGACAAGCACGGCUAUGUAAGUACUACGAUAUUGAAUUCAAUGCACAAAUAUCAACCAAGGUUUCAUCUUGUUCGAGCAAACGAUGUACUCAAAUUGCCGUACUCGACAUUCAGAAGUUAUGUAUUUAAAGAGACGGAAUUUAUCGCCGUGACAGCCUACCAAAAUGAAAAGAUAACACAACUGAAGAUUGAUAAUAAUCCAUUCGCCAAAGGAUUUCGUGAUACUGGUGCUGGAAAGCGUGAAAAAAAACAGGCGCUGUUGACCGUGUCAGGAGGUGGUUCACGUUUGACAUCAGGCGCACCAGCCUCACCAGAAAAACGUAGGUCAUCAAAUUCAAUGAAUGACAUGCUUGACGACGAUGAUAAAUUACUUGAUGUUGUUGGACCGGAUACACCACAUCCUGUACAUCAUCAUCAUCAUCAUCAACAUCAUCAUCGUGAUCGUGAGCAUUCUAGAGAACGAGAUGAUAGAAUAAGUGAUCGUGGUGAAGGUAGUGAAUCAUCUGGUUCUGAAAGUGGUGGUGUACCUGGUGGUCCUGGUUCAGAGGGUCCAAGACCAGAUGUAUCAGUUGGUCCACCAGUAUUACAUCCUCCAUUAUUACCAUAUUUUUAUCCACCAGUACCUGGUCUUUAUCCUGGUCAUGGACCAAUGAUACCACCAAAUCCACUUGGUUUACAUGGUGGUGUUACACCAAGUAUGUUAUUAAAUGCCCAAUUAGCACUAGCAGCAUCACAACAUCCAGCAUUAUUUGGUCAUUAUCCACAUCCAUUAUCAAGUCCAUUACAUCAAUUAAAAGGACAUAGAUUUGCACCAUAUAGUUUACCAGCACCAUCACAUGGUUCAGCAUUUGAAACAGUUACACCUGGUAGUCGUACACUUAGUCCAAGAUCACCACCACCAAGACCACCAACUGGUUCACCAACACCAGGUACUAAUACAACAACUGGUGCAUCAACUGGUGAACUUAAAUCAAUUGAAAAUAUGGUUAAUGGUCUACAAGAACGUAGAAAUAUUAAAAGAAGAAGAAGUCCAAGUUUAACAUCAGCGCAUAGAAAUGACAUUGAUGGCAAUGGUGGUGGUGCUGGUGGAGGUGGUGGUGCGAGUCCGUGACAUAAUGUUUUUGUAAGUAGUACUAAACUUGAUACUGAAGAUGAAGAUCUUGAUGUUACGAGUGGUGAUGAAUUUGAUGAUCGAGGCUUUGAGCCAGACUCAACAUCUGAACCAUCGUAGCCAAUUAUUUUAUCAAAGUCUGUUGCCUUGCUGGGAUUCAAGAUAAAUUUUUAAAUUAAAAAAAAAUCUAAUAAUAAAAAUAAUAAUAAAUAUUAUAAUAAUUAUAAAAAAAAAAAUAAUAAUAAAUAAAAAAAUAAUCACAAAAGAAAAAAAAACAAAAAAAAAAAAAACAUGAAAAAUUAUAAAAAAAGAAAAAAAAAAAACAGGCAGAGUCAUAUAUUGUAUGUGAUCGAGAGGAUGUUGGAAUUAAUUUAUAAAGUGCAAUUUAAGAGAGAGAGAGAGUUAUAAUUAACUAUGAAGUUACAUUAUGGACAAAUUCGACAGUGUGUCGAUAUUAAAAAUUUUUUUUUAAGUAAAUCAACAAAAAAGGGUAGUGAUAAAAAUUCGCUAAAUUAAAUUUAGAAAAAAAAAAAAAAAAAAUCGCGUGUGACCUGUGUAAAUAGAUAUAAAGUGCCCCGAUUUUGUGUAAAAAUUGUUUCAAUAUAUUGUCACAAUUUGGUGGACACUAAUUUUUAUUAUGACAACGGCGGUGCCGGAGCCAUAACUACCCGCGACUAUUUGUAUAUUUUAUUUA